AUCCACUUCUAGAGCGACAAACCGCACAGCUUGGUUUACUUACCUCGAGCCAAUGAGACGCAUUCAAACCUGCACCGCUAUGGUUCUUCUCGUCUCUUUGCUCCUGGUCUUCUUCUACUCGUCGCUGCACCUGGAGACCAGCCACGGUCACAAGGCCGGAAUGGAGGACCUCCUGAAGCAGCGCGGCCUCAAGGUCCACGAUGCCGAUGUGAGAAUUAAACCCCCAGUGCUGGAGGUCUCCACCACGGGCGAUGUGAGAAUUAAACCCCCCGUGCUGGAGGUCUCCACCAUGCCUCCGUCUGAACUCUACAACGUGUCCAGCCUCAGACAGACCAUCCCUCAGAAUGGAGCGUACUGGAACCGCCUGCUGUAUUCGGCCCUGAGGAGGGUGGAGAAAGGAGAAAAGCCUUUCAGACACGACCCCCACUGGUCUAGCUGCAGGGAGACGAAUCAGGAGCUUCUGCAGACCAACAUGCACGACUUCACCUCCUACCCCGUGCUGUUUCAGACUUUUUUGCAGGGAAUGAACUGCAGGUCUCCUCCGGUCCUGAUCAAUCAAUCCAACGUUAGCAACGACACCUUCCUUCUUUUGGCCAUCAAGUCGACUCCGAGGAACUUUGAGCAGAGGCAGGCGGUGCGGGAGACGUGGGGCCGAGAGGGGGUGUAUCCGGGUGGACUGAGGGUUCGCUUGGUGUUCCUCCUGGGAAGCUCCCCUCUGGAAGACCCUGACCUCAGUCCGCUGCUGUCGUUUGAAGCCAAACACUACGGAGACCUGCUGCAGUGGGACUUCCGCGAAUCCCUCUUGAACCUGACACUCAAAAUGAACAUGCUCCUCCAGUGGGCCCGCAAAAGCUGCCCUCACGCUUCCUUCAUCUUCAGCGGGGAUGACGAUGUUUUCGUCAACACACCUGCUUUGCUCAGGUACCUGGAGUCUCUGGAGGCUUCGAAAGCUUCCCAGCUGUAUGUUGGACAUGUCAUAAGCUCAGCAAAUCCCCUCAGAGAUCCUAAAAGCAAAUACUUCAUUCCCCUGAGCUUCUACGAUGGCCCGUACCCUGCUUACGCCGGCGGAGGCGGCUUUCUCAUCUCCGGGGCAUUGCUGCAACCCUUGUAUUCAGUGUCACGCAUGGUCCCUUUCUUCCCCAUCGACGACGUCUACAUCGCGAUGUGCUUCAAGGCUCUAGGAGUUACUCCCGAGGCUCAUGCAGGAUUUCAGACCUUUGACGUCAAGGAGCAAGAUCGCGAGAACCUGUGCGUGCAUAAAGAUCUUCUUCUGAUUCACCGGCGCUCUCCACAGCAGAUGAAGAAGCUGUGGACGGGCAUUCACAGCCCCUUUUUGACUUGUUGAACGAAAGGAGCAGCAACAAAAGACAGAAAAAUCCUGAGUUCAGUGGCGUAUCGAAGCCAUCUCUGCUUCAAGCAAUAUCCCAAGGAGGAAUGUAAUGUCAUGGAGGGUUUUGAUCUACUACUAUAUGUUUUCUGGAGUCAAUCAUCAGUUACAGAAGUUGUUUGGAAAAUUGUAGUAAAACAACAGCUUUGCCAGAACUGAGUGUCCUGAUAGCAAAACAUGUAGAAGCUUGAUUUAAAAAAAGAAAAAAGUAAAGGUUAAUUUAUCACUUCCAAUCAAUUAUAAUACCACUCAGAUGUGCCGUUAAUCUUCUUUCCAUUCCAUCACUGAAUUUACAAUAAAAAAAUUCAC